UGAUAUUAUGAGAUAAAAAUUAUUUUAAGAUUGUGCAUUUGAAGAAGACUUUUUGUACAAGAUUUUUCGUCUUCACACUUCACAAUACUGAUCCUUAGCAAGGAGUUUGAAUUUAGUAAUCCGAGAAGAUGCUCUUCUUUGCACUAUCCUCUUCAAACACUGCAAGGGGAUCGAAUCCGAGAAGAUUGGCAUCUAAUCCUUCAAAGGGGCUUGAGAGGAGCUUACAUGGCUCCGAGGUCUCCCUUUCAAACUUCUUAAACACUAAUCCUUCUGGGAAGAGAUCAAUCUUUGCUUUCUUUGUCUUUAUAACCUGUUUUGGACUGGUUACUUUUCAGUUAUUGUUCACAAUUUUCAUCUUAAUCUAGUUCUUAAUUA